AUAGCGGUUCAGUUGUUUCAACGCAGUGAAUUUGAAUAGAUCGCAAUGAGUUUAGCUGGUAAAGUUGUUAUUGUAACCGGAGCAAGUUCCGGCAUUGGUGCCGCCACAGCUGUUGAAUUUGCCAAGCUGGGUUCUAAAGUGGUGAUCACAGGACGAAAUGAAGCAAAUCUAAAGUCUACUGAGACGGCCUGUAAAGCAGCCAACAGCAAAGUGGAACUGCUACUGAUCCCCGCUGAUGUAACGACAGAUGCGGAGAAGAUUAUCAAAACAACAAUUGACAAGUUCGGACAGUUGAAUGUGUUGGUGAAUAAUGCCGGUUUUGGUGAAAUGGGUUCAAUUCUGGAUAUUGAUGUCGAUCAAUUUGAUCGUGUCAUGAAUACAAAUGUGCGAGCGGUCUUCCUGCUCACUAAAUACGCCGCACCACAUCUCGUGAAGACACAAGGUAAUAUCGUGAAUGUCUCCAGUGUCGCAGGAUUGCGUUCAUUCCCUGGUGCUUCGGUCUAUUGCACCUCCAAGGCAGCACUGGAUCAAUUCACCAGAUGUAUCGCCUUGGAUUUGGCGCCGAAUAAUGUGCGUGUGAAUGCCGUAAAUCCCGGUGUUAUCAUAACAGAGUUCCAUAAGCGUUUAGGAAUGUCGGAAGCAGAUUAUGCUAAAUAUUUGGAGCAUGCAAAGACUACGCAUGCAUUGGGUCGCGUCGGCGAACCGAAGGAAGUAGCUGAUGCCAUUAUUUUCCUUGCUAGUGACAGUUCGAGCUUUAUAACGGGCGCAACUCUGCCGAUCGAUGGUGGCAAACACGCUUUGUGCCCACGUUAAUAUUUCUCAAGAUAUAUAGAUAUGUAGAAAUAAAGAAUUUGCUCUAAAAUAAUUAUACAUAUGUAUGUA